AAUGUGUCGAAUUAUGACAGCUGCUGCUUUUUAACCUUUCAUCGAUAUUGGGAAAACUAUCGUUCAGACGACCAGACAUACUCGAUAUUUUUUGUUUGGUGUUCUCAUCUACCUCGAAUUUUCUAGCAGAAGAAAGAUUGUUCGUGAAAAUAGGAACCACUAGUAGUACCACCAGCAUGAGCGUGAUUACCGUGACCAGUGUUGAGCAAUAUAACAAGCUGAUCGGGUCGUCAGCAGUGUCCGUGGCGUUAUUCUCGGCAGAAUGGGCGGAACAGUGUAAACAAAUCCUUUCAGUCAUGUCGGAAUUGGCAAAGCAGUCCGUGUACGGAGGAAUUCAGUUCUUAGACGUACCCGCCGAAGAUUUAUCCGAAGUGGCUUUGAAACAUCAGAUAGAAGCAGUUCCAACGGUGAUCUUUUUCCGAGCAGGCACCGCAGUAGAUCGAAUUGAUGGUGUAGAUAUUGCUGCUCUUAUAACCAAGUGUCGAAAGUUUUCCGGUGCAUCUAACUCCGAUAUUACCGAGGGAACCCUGGAGGAUCGGUUGAAAGCGUUGAUCAACCAAUGCAAUGUAAUGAUUUUCAUGAAGGGUGACCGCAAUGUUCCCCGGUGCGGCUUUUCCAAACAGCUGAUAGCAAUCAUCAACGAAACAGGUGUUACGUAUGAAACAUUUGACAUUCUAACCGAUGAAGAGGUACGGCAAGGGUUGAAGACGUAUUCUGAUUGGCCGACGUAUCCUCAGGUCUACGUCAAGGGAGAACUAAUUGGUGGCCUAGACAUCAUCAAAGAGCUGCUAGCCGCCGGAGAGUUGAACGCAACUCUCAACGCCUAGACAGUAGAUCUUCUCGCACUACGAUGCAGCUGUUUGUCUUCGAAUUGUUUCUGUUUUCUGCAUCUUAGUAGAACUUCCUUUCUAACUAAUAGGGGGUGAAUAAAAAUAGGAUUGAAAA